ACCAGCAUAAAUCAUAAUAAGAAUGGCCGCACCUACUGCCAUCAAGAACCUUCCUACCAAGGAAGUGACCCCAAUACAAGAAGAUGAAGAUGAAAUUCUCAUCGAUGCUUCCACUGUCCCAGUCAUUGAAGAAGAACUGAAUGAAACUAAAAAGACUAUAGAGUCCGACGCAAUGGUAUUGGACGAAUCAGGAAAGCCUAAGUUUUCCGCUGCAUCAAAGGCUGGAAUGAAGGUCAAAUUGGAAAGUAGAAAAGUUCCAGUUCCUCCACACAGAAUGACCCCAUUGAAGAACACAUGGCCAAAAAUUUACCCACCACUUGUAGACCAUUUAAAGCUUCAAGUUAGAAUGAACUUGAAGACAAGAACCGUAGAAUUGAAGACCAACAAAAACACCACCGACCAAGGUGCCUUACAAAAGGGUGCUGAUUUCGUUAAGGCUUUCACAUUAGGGUUUGAUGUAGAUGAUGCCAUUGCCCUUUUAAGAUUGGAUGACUUAUAUAUUGAAACCUUCGAAAUUAAGGAUGUUAAAACUUUGAAUGGUGACCAUUUAUCCAGAGCCAUUGGUCGUAUUGCCGGUAAGGAUGGUAAGACCAAGUUUGCCAUUGAAAAUGCUACUAGAACAAGAAUUGUCCUUGCUGACUCAAAGAUUCAUAUUUUAGGUGGGUUCACUCAUAUUAGAAUGGCCAGAGAAGCGGUUGUCUCAUUAAUUUUGGGUUCUCCUCCAGGAAAGGUCUAUGGGAACUUGCGUACCGUUGCUUCUAGAAUGAAGGAACGUUAUUGAUUUUGCAUUAUUAAUAUACACAUUUAUAGUUUAUGGUCCUCCUCCUAUUCCUCCUCUAUCUCUCUUCCACCCACACCAUUGUAUAAUAAUAAAAGAUUAAGGAAGUUCGGUACAUUUUGUAGUUGUAGUUUUCUUGUAUAUAUUUAUAUGUAUUGUAU